UUGUGUGUUGUUUUUGGAUUCACUAACUUAGCCGCUCGCCACUGAGACAGUCAGUCAGUUUGAGAACGUCGUCGGGAAUUGUCGCGCAACAAUACCGUGCACGCUAGCUGUCGAUUUCGAAAACAGAAAGGAUGGUGUCCAACGAACGAUGAGAAUAUUUCGCGAGUUUAGUGUCUGCUUAUAUGCACUAUGUAUAGUUGAAGUUAAAUUUUGAAAAUUGAAAUAUCCAACUAAUGCAAAAACAGCAAAAACAGCAAAACACAGUUGUUUGUUAUUCAAAAAUUUACGAAAAUAUCGAAAAAUUCUUUGUGUGCUCAUUUCAGCCAAAAUUGUAUAAAUUUAUUGGCAUGCAGCUGAGGGCGCUUUUUUUUAACAGCGAUUUUUUUUAUGGUUGCCCAAAAAUUAUUUCCUUCGGCCAACUGGCAAAACAAAGAAAACAAACACAGUCCAAUAAGAGCAAUGAAAUAAAAAAUUGGCCGCAUAUUUCCGCACGGCUUGGAACACGAUACGAGCAAUAGCUGAUGGACGCGCACAACUUAUGCAUAUACUCGUAUGUAUGCAUGUAGAUGUAUGUAUAAGCAAAUGCUUAUUGCAAUACUUGUGUAUGUUUGUACUGCGCAUAUGUAUAAGCACGCGCACGCGAUUUAAAAUAAAUUGUAUGUAAAUACUCACGAAAAACUUUGCAAAUAACGACUUUUGGGCGAAACUAAAUUUGUAUAAACGGAAGACGGCAAUACACCAGUGUGGAAUCGAAAAAGUGCAGUGAUUGAUUGCUAUCGAUUAGUCGAGAGCUUAAUACACCUUAAAGUACGUAUAUGUGCAGUUUAUUUAAAUAUUUAAAGAGCUGUUAAAAAAUUAACAGCAGCCAUAUGUGUAUGUAUGUGUGGGCAAAACAAUUUAAAUAGCCGAAUUUGCGCAUGUGAUAAUUAAUAGUCGGCAAUAGCAACAGUUGAACUGAAACCACUACCCGAGCCAUCGGUGCUAACACCUCGUCAGACCUCUCUAUGCUGCCAUAAACAGUAUGUAAUUGAAGUGUCCAUACACCAUCACUUGGUUACUUUCAUGCCAGCCGGUAACGACGACGCUUAACUCAACACCCGUGACGGACAUACCAUGCUAAAGCACGCUUCAAACGCGGGUGGCAGUGUGGGUGGGCCAGCGAAUGGUCAAUUGCGUAAUUCCACAUCUACGACAACCGCAUCAAACCGCAAUAUACACUUGCGACCGCAACAACCACUCAAUAUCUCCACCCUAAGUACCAACACACAGAAUGGCCUUCAAACGUCUAGUAAUUCGGCGACAUUGAAUGGCGGCCAACGCAUACCAACGCUAUUAAAUAUCGCUUCAACACCGAUAGCAGCGGGUGCAACGAAUACUAAUGCCUUAACACCGUUAACUCAGUGCGCUGGCAAUGCGACGACGACGGCGACGGCGGCGGCGACUGGAGCGGCGACAACUACCACCACGCCGAUUACACCUCUUACACCGAAUGGCAUUGCAAGUAAUUUACACACAUAUACCAAUCAGCACAUUUUGGCUUGCAACAACAUCAACAAUCACAAUAUUAAUAAUGCAAUGCACAACAUUACCGCCCCCAGCGCAAUAAACCACAACACACUUAAUAAUAAUAAUAAUAAUAAUAAUACAACGGGACAUUAUAAUAAUCAUAAUUAUAGCAAUUGCCACAAUCUAUCGGCCGGUGUGCUGAUAAAUCAAUCAAAACAUGGACCUGGCCCGAGGGAGGCGUUAACCAGUCUGGGGCUUUUGUGUUUAGUUUCCCUGCUAUUAGCUUUAUUGUCGUUGAUUUUUCUGUUAAAAAUUUCACCGAACGCCCGCGAAGAUGCUUUAACGCGCAGCUCUGCUGAGGAUUUCGUCAUUGUCUACGAUGUCACAUUAGCGCUUUGUGCACUUUCGCUGUCGCUGAAUCUUUGUUGCCUGCUGGUGUGUGCGAUACAGUUUCUAUUCGCUGUGAAAUUGGUGCGAUCGCCGAUGUUCGAUGGCAGAGAUAAUAAAUACUUGGAAAAAUCAAGCGCGAGUCGCACGUGUGCUGUUGGUGGUUUCUUCAUAUCCAUACCGAUUUUUCUCACCGGCAUUAUUCUUUACACGUUCAAUCAUUUCCACUCAACACCAGCUAUCAUAACGAGCGUACUAAUUGGCAUUGGUAUCGUGUUUUGCGGCGGCGCAAUGGUACAUAACGUUUUCAUUUGGCAGAAGGAGAAGACUAUUAGCUAUCGCAGUCCGCCAUUGAAUAUGUCGAUGGUAUCGCAUAUUGGACCCAUAACACCGCCUGCGCAAUUUCUCAGUCCUCACCACGCGCAUCACUUCCUAAACUUUGCACCGCACAUGCAUUCAGCACCCACACAUACGCACGCACAACCGCAAUCGCAAACACAAACGCAAUUGGGAGCAGCAUCGGCGGCAUUACAUCCGACCUCAGUGACACCGGUCUCACCAAAUCACUCACAUGGCAGUUUCAAUGCAUUACUCUCAGCCGGUGCAUUAAAUUCAUCAUUUCUCAUACGACCAUCGACAGCGACGCCGCCCACACCUAAACCACUGCCGCUGCCGCCACAACUAACCAAUGGCGGUAAUUGUUUGACGAUGAGUGCGCGUGAGGCCAGCGGCUCAGUCAGCCCGGGCAUACCAGGUGCAUUGGAUAUGAGUAACAUAACAAGCCCGUCACUGCAUGAGCUAUCAACGUUGGUGUAGAUGUAAAUAUUGUUUUUAAAUCACUAUAUAAAAAUAAGAACCUAAACGAUACUUGCACAAUAUUUGUACAAAACAUUUGAUUAGUAACAGCCGGAAGUGAGAAAAUUAUCGAUAAAUGAAAAUUGUUACUGCCGUUGAGUUGAACUAUUCGAUUAAAUUAUAUAUGAAGGAGUAAUAAUAAGUAAAAUAAUUACAAUUAUAAAUAAGUGUGUAAAUAUUUGAAAAGUUAAUGUAAAAGCAUGUAAAUAUUAGUUGUUAUAAAUUUCUUGUUGUAAAAUAAUCAAAUUUACUACAAGUAUGAUUUAAAAUGUAAAAUUCUU